GAGAGGAGGGAGUGGGACUCUCACGAAGAAAAAUAAUAGGCCUACUCUUUUUAAAAUGAGUUUAGAACUCGAGAGAACUAAAACCCCUUGGGUAUCGACAACAGUCCACGCCAGAUAGAGGGAAAGAGGUGGCGUGUAGAGGAAAAACAAUUUGGCUCGCUGUAGCUAGCCUCUGUCAGACGUGACUAACUAGCCAACUGACAAACUUAUUUUUAAUACAAUGCCGUGGAAUUUAUGAAUACAUUGUUAUAAACCGCAAGAACUCACUUUAUUUAAGUUCCUCCGUUGAGACUGCAAAUAACGCUUGACUGAUUUAUAAUUUUGGACAGUUUUUGAAGAAGACAAGAACGCGGGGCUGAUUCAUUUUGAAUAGUCUACUUUUGUCCUUAAAUCAUUGAAGGGAAAACUUUUUAUGGUCACUGUGACUGUAGCCUAUGUGCAUUGGAACCGGUUUUCCCACUGCUGUCUCGAUUUUCUGUUUUCGGUUGUGUUCAUGCCUGACAGUUUUCACGGAAAACAGAUCCACGUAGCCGAACGCAGUCGGCACCCAAGCUGUUCUGAUGAACUCCAGAUAACAGCACCACUCCUCAUCCUUCAGUCCCAACCUUCAACCCCUACCUCCUCCUCCUUGUCUCCCUGGUGGUCUGGUCGGUCGGAGGGAGCCCCAAGAUGACAGACCCUGACGGGGCUGGAGGGGAGGGCCUGGCCGAGGUGAACACCUGCAGCCUGGAGAUCGAGAGGAAGUAUGAGGUCAUCCCUGCCGUCAUCUGCUCCAUGUGCUGCCUGUUCGGCAUCAUCUACUGCUUCAUUGGAUAUCGCUGCUUCAAAGCGGUCAUGUUCCUGUCGGGCCUGAUGUUCGGCUCGGUCAUCAUCUUCCUGCUGUGCCACAAGGAGCGGGUGCUAGACACCCAGCUGAGUGUGGAGGCCUCGGCGGGUAUUGGCCUGGGCAUCGGCCUGCUGUGUGGCCUGGUCACCAUGCUGGUGCGCUCCGUGGGUCUCUUCAUGACGGGUCUGUUACUGGGCCUGCUACUUGCCCUCGCCACCCUGCUGGUCACCCACCAGUUCUACACCCCCACCACCGUCUGGGUGCCCCUGGGGGUGCUGCUGGGCACAGGCAUGCUGUUCGCCGUGCUCACCCUGCAGUGGCAGAAGCUCUUCACCGUGUUGUCUACGUCUGUCUUCGGGGCGGCCAUCAUGACGGUGUGCGCCGACUAUUUUGUGGAGAUGCUGGCGCUGGCUAGCCACGCAUAUGAGUGCCUGAGGCUGUCGCCAGCGCCGUCGCUCUGCUGGUACAGCUGGGUGAUCAUGGGUAUCUGGCCGGCACUCAGCUUCAUGGGGGUGCUGGUGCAGUGGAAGCUGACGGCCGAGGGGUUCUCACACACUGAGGUCAUCAUCAGCAGGAGGCAGAAGCGGGUCCAGUUGAUGCGGAUCAGACAGAAAGAUGUCAAGAAGCGCCAGCAGAGCAGUGGGCAGGAGGGCACGUAUCGUCGCAAGCCCGCCCCUGUCAAACGCUACGCCGGAGACCUGCUGGCACCGAGCUACCUGCAGAGUCUUAGGGACAGACAGAUGUGCACAGGCAACUCCCUCAGCAGCCUGGGCACUACCAACCACACAAUGAUCGACUUUGACUACGAGACAAGCUCCACUGUACCCCUCACCGCCACCACACCUGUCAACAGGGUCUGACGCACCGAGGGACAAGCAGGGGACCACCCACUUGUUUCUUGUCCCUCCUCCACAGUCCUCCUCCCUAUGUAGUGUACUGUUGACCCUACAGACUACUCUUUUAGGGCCUCAGCUCUCAUUUAGGCAAUGUGAGAGUCUAUAGAAUAAUGGAUCUUUCAUACAUUGAGCUGGAAUAGGGCCUUGAAUGCUGUCCAAGUGAAGAACAAAGCACCACUCGAUCCUAGCAAACCUCCAGUGUACUGUACUGUACCUCAUUUGGAAUGGCAGACUGGAAGGCGAUGGAAUGGUUCCUCGGUCUGUGAGCUGUUCCCUGAGAGUGGUUGGUGUUUGGCCCCCCGUUUGAUGUGUGCUGUAAUCACUCUUUCAAUAGACUGGGCCUGUGUGGCCUCUCCCUGUGUUGUGUCUGCUCUUAGCGGUGGCAGGUCCAUGUGAAAAGUCUGAAGGCCACUUCUGCCGGAGAGAGAGAAACAGAGAGCACUGAAAUGCUUAUGGGGUUAGGACAGAGCAGAGUACACAAAGUCAGAAGAAGAAGAAGGAGCAGAAAUGAUCUCAUCUGACUUCUGAGGUUGUAUACUUUCUCUGGUGCUUUUAUGUGAUUGAUUGAUUACAUGUGGGAGAAAUCACUUGACUGAUGAAAACGGACUGUUCAGAAAGCAAUACUGGGAAUGGAAAUGGAUAUGAAUAGCACGAGAGCUACCUCCUCGAGUGAUAUCAACUUUUAUAAUUAGAGUUAACUGUGCUUUAAUGACUUGAAAUGAACCAGUGGUGAGUAAACUCUGGUCAACUGCCUCGCAGAACAGGACACCAGCUGAUGUUGACAAGGCACUGUGACUGGACAAAGAAGAGGACAUUUCGAGACACAUUUCUCUGACCAGUGUUUGCUGUCUGUGUGAGUGUGUGUGCGUUUGUAAUGUUAAGGUGUGUGUAUUGAUGUUUACUUGUCCCUUUUUGUUAGUAACUGCCUGUAUAGUUGAGUGUAGAAGGUUCAGGUCCAGAGAGAUACACGGCAGCCAUUCUGUGCCUAAAUACGAUGGAGAUUGGCAACUGUUACAAGUGAAAUUUACGUUUGUUUUCAUUGUAACUGCAGUGCCUUUUUUAGAGGUAGCAAUACUGCAAUACUAUACAAUGUUGUUUCAAACCAUACUUGGUUAUGUCAGUUAUUUUGGAGCAGUAGCUUGUUUUCAUUACAAUUUCUAGGCAGUUUUACCUGUGCAGUACCUGUAUUCAGUAAUGUAUAUGAUCAAUAACAUUGAAGGAAUAUGCUAUGGUAAAAAUGUGAGCAUACAUUUGCUGUACUCUAGGUUACUAAGGAAUGAUCAGUGUUUUUAAAAUUGUAAUUUACUUUUGUUUUAGAAUUUUAGAGGGACAGUAGGCCUACUCUCACUCAGUACUCUCAACUAUUCUGAAUCUGUAUAGAAUUGUCAAUAGGAAAUUGAAAAGAUAAACCAUUAAAUUAGUUUAAAAACAAAA